AUGACGAAACCUCAAGAAGACAAUCAAGAAUCGACCACGGAAUACGAAGCGCAUUCUGGCGUGGAAGAACGACAAGGCCAUCUCCUCUUUGGUUUCAUUUGCGACAUGCGUAUUGCCGUCGUCUUUGUUAAUGUCUUUAAUAUUUUUGCCAUUUCGGUGGGAAUCAUCAUUACCGGCUUUCAAUUCAAGACAUUUAGCGCUGCCUGGUACGCCUUUGAGAAUGGAUUUUUGGGAAUUGCGCUGAGUAUAGUUGGCGCAUUGGGAGCUUUGAACUAUGUCUUGUGGAUGGUCGGAGCGGCAACUGCUGGAUUUGCCAUUGGACUCCUCAUUGACCUCUUUGGAUUGCACCUAAUUGGGAUCGUGGUCGGUGCAUUAGUUUUGUACCCACAUGCGUUUCUUGCGUAUGAGAUCCACGAAGGAAUCAUGUCCAAAGAAACCUAUACGCGUGAAGAACACAUUGUGGAAAAUGAUUUCAUCAAGGUCUAA